ACAUACACUAGAGAGAGAGGCAAUGAUGAAUGAAUCAAUAAUAAAAACCCUAAAAACCUCAGUGAUAGUCGCUUCGCUCUUUGCAGGUGGUGGUCUACUCUUAGCAGCAGUUGUUUCAUUAAAGAGAGGGCUCUCUGAGCCCUUUUUCACUCGCCUUUAGAGUUGAAUUUCAGGGUCUGUAUGUUCAAUGGUUAAUGCUCAAUCUCCGAAGGUGAACAGUUCUCUUCAGCUCCUGGAGUUGCCCACCAUGAACAUUGGUGAUAGUAUAGUGACGAAGAAGCUGAAAAUAAAAAUUUCUUCCAAGGGAGUGCGGGCUGAAUCUGGCGGAGGUUCUGAGAUGGGUAUAAAGGUGAAACUACCUAUGCCGUCUGACUCUAAGAAACGUGCACCUCAGUUGGUGAUGGACAAUGAAAGAGAGAAAAGGCGGAAAAUGGAUCGGAGUAUAAAGCAACAAUGCAGUAACGUUCUGAAAACCUUGAUGGCUCAUCCUAGUGGAUGGCCCUUCCUUGUACCAGUGGAUCCCGUCCUGUAUAACAUUCCUGACUACUUCACUAUAAUUAGAAAACCAAUGGAUUUGGGAACAGUCAAAGCUAAAUUGGAUGGCAAUCUUUACUUCGAUGUUGAUGAAUUUGCUGCUGAUGUGAGGUUGACGUUCGCAAAUGCAAUGAAGUAUAAUCCUCCUAGCAAUGAUUUUCACCUCAUGGCUAAGAGAUUGGAUAAUGCUUUUAAUCAGAGAUGGAAGUUGCUAGAAGGGAAGUGGAAAUCUGAGAGCAAAAAAUUCAGUGAGGAGUGUGUUUCAAGUGGUAUAGAAAAUGACACUAAGAAUACAAGGGAGACUUUCUUCAAGAAAUCUACACCACAUGCUAAUGGUCUGAACAAGAGAUCAAUGCCUUUGGAGGAGAAGCAAAAGCUGAAGAAAGAACUUGUUGAUUUACUUAGGGGAAAUGUUAUUAAGAAAAUGCAGAAUGCUCUUCAAAAGUUUGGGUUGGCGGGUCUAAAAGAAGAGAAGGUUAACUUGGACCUAGAUAAGUAUGAUGACGACACACUAUUGGAGUUAAAGAGGGUGGUUAAAGCAUAUUCCAAUUUAGCUACAGAAAAGGCAGAGCCCGCUAGCGUGAAACAAAGUGGUGGGCAUCUGUCAUCCAUGGAGACUGUCCCUAAAGAUAGUAGCACAAGUUCUAUUUGCUCUGUCAAUACCAAGCAACAAGCAAACAUUGUUGCUUGCCACCUUCAGGGUGUUGAUACUCAUGCUCUUCCUAGGAAUAUUCCAACAGAAAGAAAGCCAGAGAAAGAUCAUUUGGGUGUUGCUAGAAGGGAUAGAGAGGUGACAAACUCCUCGGCAUCAGUUAGAAAUGAUUUGAACUCUCAUGGUGGUCGAGGUAUCCUUUGUGAAGAAAAUUCAUGUUCCAGUCCAAGUAGAUCAACAUGUGAUUCCACUGUUACAUAUUGUGAAGGGUGGGAUCCUCUUAUGAACGCUGAUCUUUCCCCGACCAAAGCGCUACGUGCUGCAAUGCUGAAGAGCCGAUUUGCUGACACCAUUAUCAAAGCAAAACAGAAAUCGCUUCCAGUUGAUAGGGAUAAGGCUGAUUUGCAUAGAAUGCAGCAGGAAAGAGCGCAACUGGAAAAGCAGCAGCUUGAAGAGAAAGCCCGCAUUGAGGCAGAACUUAAAGCUGCUGAAGUUGCCUCUCGAAGGAAGGCGGAGGCUGAUUUAAAGAUGCAGCGGGAGAGACAACGGGAAGCUGCCCGGAUUGCUCUACAAAAGAUGGAAAGGACCGUUGAAUUUGAAGAUAAUCUGAAGAUACUAAGAGAUCUAGAGAAACUAUGUAAAUGCCGCUCAGAAGCUGAGAAUUUCACUGGUAAUGGAGAUGGAUUCACUAUCAUAUUGGGGGACAACCCUCUGGAAAGGCUUGGCUUAUGCAUCAAAGAGGAUUACUUAGAUGAUGAUGAAGAUGCAAUAGUGGACGGGGAUUGGGAAGAUGGGGAGAUCUUGUAAUAAGGGGCGGAGCCUCGCCCGUUUUUGUACCGUUUCUUGUUUCUUGCCCCUCUUGUUUAUAGUAGGCUACUCCUUGUAUAAAUGCAUCAAUUUCUAUCCCACCCUUUUUCUCUAGGUUCGUAGUGCGAUAAUGUAAACCUGAUAUCUAACUGCAUAUAUCUGAAAUGCUCAAGAGGUUGUGAUAUACCAAGUAGUAGGGUGUUCAUUGGUCUGUUCA